AUGAUGGCUGAAACAGAUAACCUCCCUCGCAUUCUUUGCCUCCAUGGUGUUGGAUCAAACGCAGACAUCUUACUCCUCCAAACACGAGCUUUGCGCGAAAAGCUCUCCUCAUCAUUCCGUUUCGUUUUCGCAAAUGGACCCUUCUUUUCCGAAGCUGGCCCUGGAGUACUCCCUGCAUACGCAGGUGCAGAUCCAUAUCGAAGAUGGCUUCGUUGGAUUGAAUCACAUCGGGUACUGAAGCCGAAAUUUCAAGUUGAAGCCAUUCGAAGAUGUCUUGAAGAUGCAAUGGCUCAAGAUGAUGAAUCCGGAGGUUGUGGGCCGUGGAUUGGCCUGCUGGGUUUCAGCCAGGGUGCGAGACUGAGUGCCUCCAUUUUAUUCGAGUCUCAGAGACGCCAGGAAGCAAAAGAAAAGGGUGUACCUAUUACAGGAUAUGAGGGGACUUCGGAAUCUACGCUUUGGAGUCAGAAUUGGCAGUUCGCUGCUUUGUUUGCCGCUCCUGCGCCGCUUGUCGCAUUAUCGCCGGAAACGGGCAAUCUGCCAUUGCAGAAUCCGACUGAACUUGGGGCCUCUCUGGAGGAUUUGGAAAAAGCUCUGAAGGAUAUGGAAAAGGUCAAUCCUUAUGGAGAAUUAUCAAUUGAGAGACCGACACUUCAUGUGAUAGGAGUUGAAGAUGAAUGGGCUCCGUCGCAAAGGAAGCUUUACGAUACGUAUUGUUCAGCCGACGCAAGAUUUUUGCUUGAGUGGGAAGGUGAUCACCGAAUACCCAUUCAGACGUCUGAGAAUGAUCAGAUAUGCGCAAGGAUUUUAGAAAUGGCGGGCAAAUAA